AUGCGGUUAAAUCUCCUUCAUCUGAGGAACCGGCUUUUCAUCACUCCAUGGCUAGAAAGGAGUGUCCUUUCCUUCUCCUUCUGCCCAUUUUCGGCGAACCAAACGGCUUCUUACGGCAGCAGAAGCAAAGCAGGUGGGACGAAUAAAAAACGUCCCACCGUAUUCCACAAAUCGAUGAUGUUCGGAAACCAUCUGCUUGUGGACGGAGAAAUGGACGAAAACAGGGUGCUUUCACCCUUGUCCUUCCAAGUGGUGCUCAGCCUCCUGGCCGCUGGCUCCGGCGGCUAUACCCGCCGUCAGCUUCUCACCUUCUUCGACGCCGAUUCCGUCGAUCAGCUCAAUCACUUCGCCUCCCGAAUUUCCGAGGACAUCAUGGCCGAUGGUGAUCCCGCCGUCGGCCCUCGUAUGCGUUGCUCCAAUGGCUUGUGGCUUGACCAAUCCCUUACUUUGAAGCCCUCUUUUAAACAGAUUCUAGACUCUGAUUAUAGAGCCGCUCUGAACCCGGUGGACUUUCAGACCAAGGCUCCUAAUGUGAGGCAGCAAAUUAAUUCCUGGGUGGAAAAUGAGACAAAUGGCCUGGUUAAAGACCUUAUCCGUGAGGGGUCUCUCAACAACUCAGUAAAACUCGUCUUUACAAAUGCAUUAUACUUCAAAGGAGCAUGGGAUGAGGAUGAAAGUCCACCCCUUCCAAGCACAGAGGAUCGACGGAACGAAAACUUCACGAGGGUUCCCUUCAUGAUUGGGAAGAGGAGAGAAUUUGGUAGAUGGUACGACGGUUUUGAAAGGUUCUGUCAGGUACAUAAAAAGCAAAGUGAAGAUAGGCGCUGUUUCAGCAUGGCUUUCUGUUAUCCAUUGACACACACUGGUGAUGGGUGUAUAGCCCAUGUUACUGAAACCGUAAUGGAUGUACGUGACCGCUCCACCCCAAAAUUUAGCUGUUCUUCCGAGGUGGAAGCUUCUAGUAUGCUGAGGGGACUACGGGUAACAUUGCCAUUCUCCGGAGGAAGGUGGAAAGAGAUGUUAAAUUCUUUUACUGGUCCAAAGUUAUAUGUUUUCAGCAUAUUGCAGAAGUCGUUCAUGGAAACAAAUGAACAAGGGACUGAAGCUGCUACAGCCACCACCGCAAUAUUAAUGUCUGGGUGUCCUGCAUGUUUGCCCCAUGUACCUAAAAUGAAGUUUAUAGACCGCAUCCCAUUCCUCCUUUAUGCUGGAAAAGAUGAGUAUGGAGGUAUUCUCAUGGCUAAAAUAGAUUUUUUCAUUAUGCAGGUGGUCAAUCCUCUUCCAAUAUAG